AUGGCGCCAAACCAAGGGCUUGUGCACCUCAAGGAGUACGAUGUCAAGGACAGCAACGUCGAGCUCAUCGGCACCGAGAUCGACCACCAGGUGAAGUACAAGUCCGCCGCCGCCGAGCCGGCCUGGAACGACGGCCAGGUCGGCCAGGAAGCGGGGCUGCACGUCUGGCGCAUCGAGAACUUUGAGGUCAAGCCGUGGCCGCGGGAGAAGUACGGCCAGUUCCUGGACGGCGACAGCUACAUCGUCCUCCACUCGUACAAGGUCGGCAAGAGCGAGGAGACGGCGCGGCUGGGCCACGACGUCUUCUUCUGGCUCGGCGCCCACACGUCGCAGGACGAGGCCGGCACGGCCGCCUACAAGACGGUCGAGCUCGACGAGUUCCUGCACGGCGCCGCGACGCAGCACCGCGAGCUGCAGGCGGCGCCCUCGGACGCGUUCCUCGAGCUGUUCCCGCGCAUCUCGAUCCGCUCGGGGGGCGUCCGCUCCGGGUUCCGCCACGUGGAGGAGGAGGACAUGGGCGGCGGCGGCGGCGCCAAGGAGCCGGUGCUCACCCUCCUGCGCAUCUUCAAGAACCCGUCGGCGGGCGCCGGCGGCGUCGUCGUGCACGAGGUGGAGCCCCGGUGGCAGAGCCUGGACGAGAGCGACGUCUUCGUGCUCGACGCGGGCGACAAGAUCUGGCAGUGGCAGGGCCGGAGCUGCAGCCCGAUGGAGAAGGCCAAGGCGGCGCAGGUGGUCAACGACAUGACGCUGGCCAAGCACAUCGACGUCGAGGUCCUCGCGCAGGAUGAGUCGAGGUCGCGCGUCGUCGUGACGCUCCUCGGCGGCGACGGCGACGACGACAACAAAGCGCCCCGGUCCGGGUUCCGGUGUCCCCGACCCGUGCGGUCGGCGACCAAGGCGCAAGCCGGCGGCGAGAGGCCGCAGAAGCUCUUCCGGCUCAGCGACGCCUCGGGCGAGCUCCGGUUCGACGUCGUCAAGGACGGCAGCCGGGCGGCCCUCUCGGACUUUGACGGGCAGGACGUGUUUCUGCUGGACGACGCGGGCCGCGCCGUCUGGGUGUGGGAGGGAGAGGGCGCCAGCCGCGGGGAGAGAGCGAACUGGCUCCGGGUCGCGCAGGCGUAUAUCCGGCAGCUGCAGGGAGGGGGCGAGGCCGAGGAGGCCCACCUCACGCCGCUGGCCAAGGUGAGGCAGGGCAACGAAAGCCGGGCGUUCUUGAAGGCGGUGCAGGCGUAG